AUGAGCCAGAUCAACGUGACUCCGUUCGUCGAUGUCAUGCUCGUGCUUCUGGUGAUCUUCAUGAUCACGGCGCCGCUGCUCACUGUGGGAGUCGAGGUCGAUCUGCCCGAGGCCGACACGCCGCCGCUCGCCGGAGACGACGAGCCGCUCUCGAUCACCAUCACCCGCGACGGCACGACCUAUCUCCAGGAAACCGAGAUUGCGCUGGAGGCGCUGAUCCCCAAGCUCAGGGCGAUCACCGAACGCCGCCCCGACGUGCGCAUCUUCAUCCGCGGCGACCGCGACAUCGCCUACGGGCGGGUGAUGGAGGUCAUGGGCGUUCUCAAUGCCGCAGGCUUCAACAACGUUGCGCUGGUGACCGAGCCGCGCAGGUCAGUGAGCGAUGAGUAA